AUGUCGUUAAGUGCGUUCGUGGCUGGUGUGGCGCUUGGUGGAUUGCGUUACGGCGCCGUCAAGUUUCAAUUACUGGAGCGUGAGAGUGUCGUGCUAUACUCGGUGAAUCAGGUGAAAGAGAGCUUUCAUGGUGAUGAACACAUAAAGACGCACAAAAAGGGACGGUACGAGUCGAUGCCAAGUUGGGAGCAUGAGUACUAUACGUACGUACGUAAAGGCUGGAACACAAAAGUACUGACGUUUCGUAACAAGAUGUACGAGUUCUUUGAGACAAAGUAA